AUCUUUGAAUAACAUUUGAAAGGAAGAUGCAAGCCCUGGUUGGGCGAUCCUGCUACUCUCUAUUUCCUCAUAAAUCUUCUGCUCCAUUUUAAGAAGUGUAUCAAAACCUCCUCUGCAAAGCAACAACAGUUACCAGCUUGGAUUUCACUUUUAUCACUUGGACUGCUGCUUCAUCUCAAAGUAAUCUUCACACAAAAUCAUCACCGAUGGCUGAAGCAAUUUUGUUCGGUUUGGCUGAGACCCUCCUUGAAAAGUUGGGCUCUCGGGCUUUUCAGGAGAUUGGAUUGGCAUGGGCUGGCAAAGAUGAAAUCCAAAAACUCAAAACCAGAGUUUCCAUAAUCAAGGAUGUGCUUUUGGAUGCGGAGGAGCAAAGUAGCGAUAACCACAAGAUCACAACUUGGCUUCGAGAGCUUCAAGAUGUAAUUUAUGAUGCAGAAGAUUUGCUCGACGAUGUCUAUACCACAACUUUGCAACAAAAGGUGAUGACCCAAAAGAAACUCGCGAGAAACGUGUGCCUUUUCUUUUCAAGCUCCAAUCAGAUUGUGUUUGGUCUGAAGAUGGGUCAUAGGAUAAAGGCUAUCAGGAAGAGAUUAGAUGAACAUGAAAAGCUUAAGAACCAUUUCAACUUAACUAAUCAACCCACAGAGUCUAGACUGCUUAAACAUAGGGAGAGGGAGCAAACUCAUUCCUUUUUUCCUCAAGAAAAAGUUAUUGGGAGGGAAGAUGACAAAAAUAAAAUAGCGGAUCGUUUACUGGACAGCAAUCCUGUUGCCGUUGGAGAAAACUUUUCAGUCAUUCCAAUUGUUGGAAUGGGGGGCCUAGGAAAGACUACUCUUGCUCAAUAUGUGUACAAUGAUGAGAAAAUUGGAGAACAUUUUGCGCUAAAAAUGUGGGUUUGUGUGUCAAAUGAUUUUAUUAUGAAGAGAAUUGUUGAAAAUAUUUUAGAAUCUGCAACUAAGAAGAAAACUGAGGGGGGCCUUCAGAUGGAUACACUGCAAGAUUGCCUUCGGAAAGAAAUUGGUGGUAAGAAAUACUUGCUUGUUUUAGACGAUGUUUGGAACGAGGACCAUACAUUGUGGGACAAACUAAAAGAUUUGUUAAAUGUAUGUGCAAGUGGGAGUAAGAUUAUAGUAACAACUCGGAGCCAUAGGGUUGCAGAAAUCACAAGCCCCGUUGAACCAUAUGUUUUAGAAGGUCUUGAUGAGCAGAGGUCAUGGGAUUUGUUUAAGAAAAUGGCAUUUAAACCAGGCGAGGAGCCACAAAACCAAGUGGACAUUGGAAAGGAGAUUGUUAAAAGGUGUUCAGGUGUUCCUCUUGCCAUACGGACUUUGGCAAGCUUAUUGUACUCCCAAGAUACUAAGUACUGGGAAUCCAUUAAAAAUAAAGAGUUUUCAAAAAUAGCCCAAAAAGAAAAUGAUAUUAUACCUAUCCUGAGAUUUAGCUAUGAUGAGCUCCCGUCAUAUUUAAAGCACUGCUUUGCUUACUGCUCAGUAUAUCCCAAAGAUUUUGAAAUUGAGAAGCGAACCUUGAUCCAACUUUGGAUGGCAAACGGUUUUCUUCGUUCACAGGAUGGAAAACAAUGUGCAGAAGAAAUUGGGGAUCAGUAUUUUACGGAGCUAUUAAGGAGGUCCUUUUUUCAAGAUGUACAAAGAAAGAAAUGCGAUGAUGAUAUGAAGAGUUGUAAAAUGCAUGAUCUGAUGCACGACCUUGCAGAAUUGGUUGCUGGGGAAGGAAUUUGUCGUGGGAGCUCAGAGGCAGCAAAUAUUACAGAAAAGACACGUCACCUGUCAUUCCCUUAUGAGUCGGAAAGUUAUUCGACGGAAAUUCCAUCUACACUGUUCAAUGCAGGUAAGUUGAGAACGUUUCUUUUGCCAUCCUCCGUAGAAGUGAACGAAACAUGGUCCCGAAAGCUUAUUUCGAGAUUCAGGUGCCUACGCGUGUUGGAUUUGAAUCGGCAGUGGAUCGAAAUGUUACCAGGUUCAAUUGGGAAGUUGAAGCAACUAAGGUAUCUUGACCUUUCUCGGAACCGCAGUAUGAAACGACUGCCUGAAUCUAUUACCCGCCUGGUGAAUUUACAGACGCUGAAGCUCUCUUGUUGUGAGGAACUCGAAGAAUUGCCGAGGGAUAUUGAGAAUUUAGUCAACUUGGUGCAUCUUGAUUUGGAUCGGUGUUCUAGUUUGAGACGUAUGCCGCGCGGAGUGGGGCAGUUGUCUUGCCUUCGAACAUUGAGUCGGUUUGUGGUGGGGGAGAAAGUAGCCACAAGCGGUGGACUCGGCGAGUUGAAAGGGUUAAAUAAUCUGGAAGGGAAGUUGAAGAUUGUAAUCAGGAGAAGGAUAAAAAAUGCAGAAGCAUCGGAAGCGAAUUUGAAGGAGAAGCAACACCUUCGAUACCUGGAAUUGGAGUGGACGCAAGAAAGCAAUGAGGAUGGGGAGGAGGAGGAUUAUGAAUCAGAGUUGGAAGGCCUUCAGUCGCCCCCAAAUCUGAGAGAAUUGGAGAUAAGAGGGUACGGUGGGAGAAGGUGGCCAAGUUGGAUGAUUAACAUGCAAUCUUUCACCUCGCUUCAAAGCCUUCGGCUACUGGCUUGCCCCCAACUAAAAUCACUGCCAGAUGGGAUACGUUGCCUCACCUCUCUUCAAGAGUUGCAUAUUUAUGAAUGCCCACUUUUAAAGAAAAGAUGCGAAAAAGAAACAGGGGAGGAUUGGCCCAAGAUCGCUCACGUCCCCACAAUUUGGAUUUGUUCCGACUGCCAAUAGCUUGGAUAUCACUUUUAUCACUUGGACUGCUGCUCCAUCUCAAAGUAAUCGUCACACAAAAUCAUCACCGAUGGCUGAAGCAACUUUGUUCGGUUUGGCUGAGACUCUCCUCCAAAACUUGGGUUCUAGUGCUUUUCAAGAGAUUGGAUUGGCAUGGGCUGUCAAAGACGAAGUUCAAAAACUUAAUCCCAUCGUUUCCACACUCAAGAACGUGCUUUUGGAUGCAGAGGAGCAGCAAUUCCAUAAUCACGAGAUCUCAAAUUGGCUUCGGGAGCUUCAAGAUGUAGUUUACGAUGCAGAAGAUUUGCUCGACGAUGUCUCUACCACAGCUUUGCAACAAAAGGUGAUAACCCAAAAGAAACUCGCGAGAAAGCUGCACCUUUUCUUUUCGAGCUCCUCCAAUCCGAUUGUGUUUGGUCUGAAGAUGGGUCAUAGGAUUAAGGCUAUUAGGGAGAGAUUAGAUGAACAUGCAAAGCUUAAGAACCAAUUCAACUUAACUGAUCAACCCACACAGCCUAGACUACUUAAAUAUAGGGAGAGGGAGCAAACUCAUUCAUUUUUUCCUCAAAAAAAUGUUAUUGGGAGGGAAGAUGAUAAAAAAUAAAUGUUUUAUCUAAAAUUCAUAAUGUCAUUCUAAUUUAAUUUUAA